AUGUCUUCGACUACCUCUUCAGCCGCUGCGCAAACCUCAACUUGUAAGGGCGGCCAGAACCUAUACAACACCCCCGUGCAAAACUCUCUUUGCGCCAUGCCCUAUGGCGGCAAUCAUACCGAAAUCAUGACUAAAUGCUGUGGAACAGCCGACAUUGUCAGCUACUAUGAUAAUUGUGGCAUCUACUGUCUCGCAUCGAAUAAAAACGUCUCUCAGAUUGUCAAGUGCCUCUACGAAAACGGGGCUGCCUGGGAGGAUGUUUUCUGCAAGGGGAGCGGAACCGCCUCUGGAACUGCAACAGCUAUCCCAACUGAGGCUAGCAUAAUUGCGACUGGCGGGUCUUCCGCGACUGGCACCAAAAGCAGCACAAAGACUGCGUCUUCGACUUCGGCUGCUUCCAACGGCGCAGUACCUAGCUUUUCUCCUCAGUCUCCAUUCAGGACCGUUGGCUUCGUCAUUGGUUCCCUCCUUAUCUCCGCCACCCUUCUUGGCCCCGUUUAG